CCUCCCGCCGCCACCGGAGCGCCAUGGCUGACCAGCUCACCGAGGAGCAGAUCGCAGAGUUCAAGGAGGCGUUCUCGCUCUUCGACAAGGACGGGGACGGCACCAUCACCACCAAGGAGCUGGGCACCGUCAUGCGCUCGCUGGGCCAGAACCCUACCGAGGCCGAGCUGCAGGACAUGAUCAACGAGGUGGACGCCGACGGCAACGGCACCAUCGACUUCCCCGAGUUCCUCACCAUGAUGGCGAGGAAGAUGAAGGACACGGACAGUGAGGAGGAGAUCCGUGAAGCUUUCCGCGUCUUCGACAAGGACGGGAACGGGUACAUCAGCGCGGCAGAGCUGCGGCACGUGAUGACCAACCUGGGGGAGAAGCUGACGGACGAGGAGGUGGACGAGAUGAUCCGAGAGGCCGACAUCGAUGGCGACGGGCAGGUCAACUACGAGGAAUUUGUGCAGAUGAUGACGGCGAAGUGAGGGGACUCAAGGCCACCGGGACCCCCCAGCUGCCACCGCCUGUCCCUGCC